CGUGAUGACAGCACGUGACUGGGUUCAAAGUUGACAGUCGAACAACACUGCAGCUCCUCAGCAUGGCGGCUCUAGUAGGACGAAGAACCUUGAUGCAAGCUCUCCGACUGCAGAAAGCGGAGCGGGAUAUCGCGUGCAGGUUGGCAGCGGCCUCGUCCUGCCGGAGACAGUACGCUUUCUCCGUUCAAAUCUCACCCUCCUCUCGCCUGAACGGCCACGGAGGAGUGACACGACACUACAGCUCUGACUCGAAAGAUGACCUGCGUGUCAGGUACCUCGACGGAGAAGAUACCGGUAUUGUCGUCAUUGGGAUAAAUCGACCGAAGGCCAAAAAUGCUAUAAGCAAAAAUCUCGUCAAAAUGAUGUUUGAGGCUGUGGAGGAUAUCAAGAAAAAUAACAAAGUGCGCAGUGUCAUUUUAUGCAGUUUGGUUCCUGGGAUCUUCUGUGCAGGUGCAGACCUAAAGGAGAGGGCCAAGAUGCACCAGAGUGAGGUGGGACCGUUUGUGUCCAAAGCCAGAGCACUUAUCACAGAGCUGGGAAACCUGCCGACACCAACGAUUGCUGCAAUUGAUGGAGCUGCUUUAGGAGGAGGCUUGGAAAUGGCUCUUGCUUGUGACAUCAGAAUUGCCUCCAAUACUGCAAAAAUGGGACUAGUUGAGACCAAACUUGCAAUAAUUCCUGGGGCAGGUGGUACACAGCGUCUCUCAAGGGUGAUCGGUGUCUCUCUUGCUAAGGAGCUGAUCUUUGCUGCCCGGGUGAUUGAUGGAACAGAGGCGUGUCGUCUGGGUCUCGUCAGUCAUUCUGUGGAACAGAAUCAAAGUGGAGAUGCUGCUUACCUGCGGGCUCUGGAGCUUGCCCGUGAGAUCAACCCUCAGGGUCCAAUUGCAGUACGGAUGGCAAAACUGGCUAUCAGCCAAGGUAUAGAGGUGGAUUUAUCUACAGGUCUGGCAAUUGAAGAGGCAUGCUAUGCCCAGGUGAUACCCACUAAAGAUCGAUUGGAGGGAUUGGCUGCAUUCAAGGAGAAGAGGCGUCCUCAAUUUAAGGGAGAGUGAUGCCCAGUCCUUUCAGAAACAAUCACAGUGUUCUGCCUUCAGCUCUCCCUCUGGUACUCUGCUUCUAAUAUAUUCAUGGGUGAAACUGUACCUGUAAACACAUUCACCUGUACAGUCUCCAGAGGGUAUCUGUUUAACCACAGGACAUUAGCAUCAAUCCUGACUGGCAUUCUUGGCGGUGAAUUAAACUUACCUAGCAAACUAACCAAGCAUUAGCCUUGCUUAUAACUCUUAAAACUUGUGGAAUCUAAAAUAAAAAUGACUUGGUUGUUAUCAGUAUUUGCAGUAUGGUGGGCAGUCAUUAAUAGUAGCCUCCUUGACUAGUCAGAGCCAUUGAAAUUUCCAAAAACUUGUGAGAAUGAUUCUUUUGUUUUUUUUGUUGGUUUUACUUUGAUAAAAAUGUACUCCUGUGUUCUCUACCCUAAGUAACACCAGAAGUGUCUGCAUGAAGUCAUUAAAGAGAGUGGAUUUUCCUCACUUGA